CCGCAGUAAGUAGUACGGCAGUCAUCUUUUCACCUUUGCCUCUCCUUUUUAUCUUUCAUCAUCCACAAAAUUCCCCAUUUCCAAAACCAGCACCCAGGUCCCAGCUAAGCAAGAGGGGAGAAAAACAACUCUGGUUGUGGAGAUUGGGUUUUGAGAGAGGAUUUGGAUAGAGGGAGAGGGAUAGGGAGGAAGAUGUUUCCGGUACUGAUGCACGAAGGAGGAGGCAUGGUUGGUGAGGAAGAUAUGCAAAUGCAAGGUCACAGUCACAGAGGAGGAGGAGAUCCUUGCCUCGUCUUAACUUCCGACCCCAAACCCCGUCUUCGUUGGACAGCUGACCUUCACGAACGAUUUGUCGAUGCCGUCACUCAGCUCGGCGGUUCCUCCAAAGCUACUCCAAAGGCCAUUAUGCGGACCAUGAAUGUCAAGGGCCUCACACUUUUUCAUUUGAAGAGUCACCUGCAGAAAUACAGACUAGGUAAGCAAUCGGGCAAGGAUAUGGCCGACAUAUCCAAGGAUGGAUUGUCAGCUUCCUACCUUCUAGAAAGCCCUGCUACUGGCAAUACUUCACCAAAUUUGCCAACUUCUGAUUUGAAUGAGGGUUAUGAAGUUAAGGAGGCAUUGCGAGCACAGAUGGAAGUGCAAAGUAAAUUACAUGUGCAGGUUGAGGCUGAGAAGCACUUGCAGAUUCGCCAGGAUGCAGAGCGAAGAUAUAUGGCCAUGCUUGAGAGAGCUUGUAAGAUGCUUGCUGAUCAAUUCAUUGGAGGUUCAGUUACUGAUACAGAUGGCCAUAAAUGCCAUGAAUCGGGGAAUAAGAACCUAAAAGGUACUUCCCUUGACAAGCUUGGCUUCUACUCGUCGCAAUCCACAGAUGCAGUUGGGGUUCAUGGUAUAGGUGAAGAGCUGCCAAUUUGUAUCCAUACCCAGAGAGCUGAUUGCUCCACUGAAAGCUGCCUCACGUCACAUGAGAGUCCUGGAGGACUGACCUUGGAAGGAUCUCCAGGUGGCGGAAAAAAAAGAAUGUUGAGCUUGGACACCGGCAAUGGAUCUUUAAUUUGGGGCGAAGCCAAGGUGAGAACCCAAGAGAUUAGUGUAGCCCCAAUUGAUCCUCCUCAUGGUAUUGCUAGGUAUGGCAUGUAGGGCUGAAUUUGAGCAUGAACGUAGUGACGUCGUUUUGUUCACUCUGCGUUACAAUAUUUUCUUGCCCAUUUGGUUGGCUGGACAUGAAAGUGAAAACAAGUUGUCUCAACCCCCAAACUGUAAAUUCAACAUACUGGUGGCUUAAAUAUAAUGCACAACGAAUUGCUUCGCAAAUAUAAUAUUUGCAAAAUAUUUGUUACGGGUGAAAGAAACUAAAUUAUGAAUGCUUGUGGUUGAGACUUGAGAAUUCUGUGGUGUAGCGCCUCGUUUAGUGUCAGGGUUGGAUUGAAUAGGAAAACUUGCUGGAUUCAAUAAAUGUUGAAUGAAGAAAUGAAUGUUUGCGUGU